AAGAGCAUGAUAAUUAACCGAUCUUCAAUAAUUAAUAACUUUGAAGUGAAUGAGGGAAAUUUUGAAUGGUUGACGUCAUUUUGAAGAGAUUUUUACACUUUUUGAUUUGAAAUAAAAAAUGUUUCAUUUUCAUUACUCAAACCCCGGGAAUUGAAUACUCGAAUUCACGAUUUUUAUCCCCACUGUGGUGUCUCCUCGAAUCAUGUGACUUUCCUCUGAUCUGCGGGAGUGGAUGUUAUUAUUAUUAAAUUAAUGUUUUUUGUUAAUUUGUUUUUGUGAUUUCGAGAUUUUUGUGGCGCGGGGGAGAGCAGAGGGGGAAGAUGGCGGGGUGUGUUUUGAAAAAGGUGGUAGGGGCCAGGGGGGUGGUUUCAGGUAUAAUCUCCAGAGGCUACAGUCAUCUGUGGACUCCUGACUACCUGGAUGCAAUGAAACCAAAAAUUCCUCAGCAUCCCAUUUUAAAUAUCAAGAUGAGGGGAUACGAUUUUCCCAUUCUCGAGAAUUACCAGAAAUUGGCGCACAUUAUCGCUGUUAACAUGGAUUUCGAGAUUGAUAACAGUUUUGCAGUUCCUUCGAAGGACUUGAAAGUCUUGAAAUUAAAGUCUCAAUCUACAGUAGCUGAAGCUGAAUACAUCCUCCACGUCUACGAGAGGAACAUCGUCAUCAGUGAUAUAUCAGCCCCAAGGCUAUCGAUAUACACUCGAAUGCUGGAGGCAGCUCUUCCACAAGGUGUCACCCUCGACAUCGAUGAAUGGGACCCCGAUAAAGAGGAAGGGCGUUACAUCCCAGACAAACAAUUACUCGAGCUUAAAACAGAACUCGAGCACAUUCAGCAGCCAAAAAAAUAAUUUCCCUGUACCUUCAAAAUUAAUUUAUAAAAUUCAUCAGUCGCUUCAGAA